GCUUGAGUGGGAUUCGAACCCACGGUCCCAGCGACCAAGCGGCACAAGGCCCACGCCUCAGAACGCGUGGCCACUGCGGACCCCUACGGUCAUAUUAUAUCCAUUAAAUCACAUAUGUAUCACCCAUUAUAACUAUGCUUUAUUGAUAAUUAAAAAACCGACAUAUUUUACUUCUUAAACGACUAUUAAAAUAACGUUACCGCUGUAAUAUAAAAUAUGAUGAUGAUCUCUUGAGGUCGAAACGCGUUUGGAAUUAGUGUCCUUCAAGUGUAAACAGUUUUGUUUGUAUGCGUAUUUUAAUAUUAUAUUCCAAUACACUACACGGUAUGCAAGGUUUUAAGGUUACCGCUACAGUUGUAGGAUUCAAUUAGACCAGCUCUGUGGUCGGCCGUGAGAUGCGACCAGUUUUCUUACGCAUUACCUAUGAACUGUGAAACAAAACACGAGUGUCGUGACGAUGAAUCUGACCUCUGCGUUGCCUGUAACGCCCUAAUGGGCACAAAGUCCCAUUAGCUGAGAAUUUAUAAGAACAACGAAGCAAGAUGUUUCCAAUAACCUCUCAAAAUGUUAUCUCUGAUACUGGUCGCAGUGCUAUUUCUGCUGUCCGUCAAGCUCUAUCUGCAGAAGUUCAAGAGACCGAGGAAAUUCCCUCCCGGUCCGUCGUGGCUGCCUGUGGUAGGAAACUUCCCUGACCUGAAGAUAAAAUGCCGCGAGAAGAAAUACAUGCACGAAGCUCUAGCAGCUCUGGCUCACGAUUACAACACCUCGGUCCUGGGGCUCAGACUUGGAACUGACCUCACCGUCAUCGUGUUUGGCCAAGAACUAGUUAAGCAGGUGUUCAGCAGCGAGGAAUAUGACGGACGACCGGACUCCUUCUUCACCCGACUGCGGGGGAUGGGACAGCGCAAAGGAAUCACAUUUACAGACGGCAGAUUUUGGCAAGAGCAGCGGAGUUUUGCGGUUCGUCACCUACGACAGGUAGGGUUCGGUAAGGAGCUGAUGGAGGGUAAGAUAAUGGACGAGCUUCAUGAGUUGCUGCAUCUGUUCGGAGAAUCUUCUGCGGUGGGGCGCGAUGUCAGCAUGGGGGUCACGUUUGCCCCUAGCGUGCUCAACGUGUUGUGGGUCCUGACCACUGGCGACAAAUUCUCGUCACGUGACGACCCGAACCUACAUCGUUUACAGCAGUUGUUCACGGCUCGGGCCAAAGCGUUCGAUUUGACGGGGGGUUCACUCAACCAGUUCCCCUGGAUGAGGUUCCUGGCGCCAGAGCGAAUAGGAUACAACGUCAUUCUGCGACUGAACGCUGACCUCAAGGAUAUGUUCAUGAUGUCUAUCAAACAGCACCAGAAAAGUUACGAUUCGGACACAACAAAUGACCUGAUUGAUGCAUUCCUUCACGAAAUGGAAGCUAGGAAAGGCGAUAAGACAUCCACAUUUACAGUUGAUCAGCUGAUUAUGAUCUGUAUGGAUUUCUUCAUCGCGGGGACACAGACCACCAGCACAACGCUGGACUAUGUGUUUCUCAUGAUGCUUUUGUAUCCCGAGGUACAGCGUCGUGCUCAGGAACAGUUGGACGCCGUCGUGGGGAGAGACAAACCUCUACAACUCGCCGACAGGCACAAGUUACCGUAUGUUGGGGCCGUCCUGAUGGAGGUACAGAGGAUACACCAGGUGACACCACUGGCAGGACCGAGACGUGUAACAAAGGACACUACGCUGAACGGAUAUAACAUACCGAAGGCAAGACUGAAAUAUGAAAAGGUGGCUCUAGAACUGAACGGAAUGAAAUCUAAGUAUCGGUCUGUAUGUCCGUCGUGGCUGCCUGUGGUAGGAAACUUCCCUGACCUGAAGAUAAAAUGCCGCGAGAAGAAAUACAUGCACGAAGCUCUAGCAGCUCUGGCUCACGAUUACAACACCUCGGUCCUGGGGCUCAGACUUGGAACUGACCUCACCGUCAUCGUGUUUGGCCAAGAACUAGUUAAGCAGGUGUUCAGCAGCGAGGAAUAUGACGGACGACCGGACUCCUUCUUCACCCGACUGCGGGGGAUGGGACAGCGCAAAGGAAUCACAUUUACAGACGGCAGAUUUUGGCAAGAGCAGCGGAGUUUUGCGGUUCGUCACCUACGACAGGUAGGGUUCGGUAAGGAGCUGAUGGAGGGUAAGAUAAUGGACGAGCUUCAUGAGUUGCUGCAUCUGUUCGGAGAAUCUUCUGCGGUGGGGCGCGAUGUCAGCAUGGGGGUCACGUUUGCCCCUAGCGUGCUCAACGUGUUGUGGGUCCUGACCACUGGCGACAAAUUCUCGUCACGUGACGACCCGAACCUACAUCGUUUACAGCAGUUGUUCACGGCUCGGGCCAAAGCGUUCGAUUUGACGGGGGGUUCACUCAACCAGUUCCCCUGGAUGAGGUUCCUGGCGCCAGAGCGAAUAGGAUACAACGUCAUUCUGCGACUGAACGCUGACCUCAAGGAUAUGUUCAUGAUGUCUAUCAAACAGCACCAGAAAAGUUACGAUUCGGACACAACAAAUGACCUGAUUGAUGCAUUCCUUCACGAAAUGGAAGCUAGGAAAGGCGAUAAGACAUCCACAUUUACAGGACAUACAGUAACUAUAUUUAGUAGAUGCUUGCUGCCUCCAUCGUCCACCCUGAUGACACAGACAGCAAGCACCUCUGUGCCUUCUACCAGAUUACGCGGCGCGACAACCCAGAAGACAGUCAUCUUCAUCCUCGCCAUCAUAAGAUCAUCUCACUCAGUAAUUACGUAUUCUUUUGUACAGUUUCCAGUGCAAGUCUCACCUCGCCUCUGUCUGAAGCGGCGUUGGUUUGAUAAAGGUUUUUGUUAUGAAGUAUACUGCCUAAGAUCAACGUGCAGGGACAUCUUUGCCGCAAACAUUCGUCGUGAUUCGGUGUCAGCCUAUACUCGUUCUGUUACAGUUGAUCAGCUGAUUAUGAUCUGUAUGGAUUUCUUCAUCGCGGGGACACAGACCACCAGCACAACGCUGGACUAUGUGUUUCUCAUGAUGCUUUUGUAUCCCGAGGUACAGCGUCGUGCUCAGGAACAGUUGGACGCCGUCGUGGGGAGAGACAAACCUCUACAACUCGCCGACAGGCACAAGUUACCGUAUGUUGGGGCCGUCCUGAUGGAGGUACAGAGGAUACACCAGGUGACACCACUGGCAGGACCGAGACGUGUAACAAAGGACACUACGCUGAACGGAUAUAACAUACCGAAGGACACAACUGUGCUUAUGAGCAUGUGGUCAGUCCAUUAUGAUAAGGAGCACUGGGGAGACCCCGAGGUAUUUAGACCAGAGAGGCACCUGGACGACGACGGAAAGCUCAUCAUUGACGAGUGGUUUCUCCCCUUCGGGCUAGGCAGGCGAAGGUGUCUUGGAGAAGCACUGGCAAAGAGUUGCUUGUUCAUGUUCUUCGCUGGGGUUUUGCAGAACUUCGAGAUUUUGCCUGUUCCGGGCAAGAAGCUGCCCGAUGAGGCACCGAUCCCCGGACUGAUUCUUACCCCUCAGCCGUACACGGCGAUGCUCAAACCUCGUCUGGAGCAUUCAAAUACGAAACUUCCGUUUUUGUAGCACAGUAAAGCUAAGAAGGGACCUACAAGAAACAAAACGUACCAAACAUAUGUCUACGUGCCCCGAAAAGGCCCCUUCCAAAUUCCGAGUUUAAAAUUAUACGCUUAUAAGUGUACUCUGAAUUCUAAGAGCAUUUACAGACAACGAAAAAAAAAAUGGUGCCACCGCGUCUAGACUUGCGCUAGAGAACAUCUGGCCUCCUUUCCCAAAGGGCGCUGGAGAUUGAAGCCAGCCCUUUUUUGAUAUAAUAUUAAGAUCUUUAUCAAAUUUAACUUUCUCGAAUUUAGUGCGAUAUAGGAAAAGAAUUUCAAUUGCAGAAAUGAAACUGAGAUGUUCAGAUUUGACUAAUUUAUACCAAAAAAAAAGAGGAAAUAUUAAUCUAUAUCAGGUGUAGGCAAUAAUUUUUACUUGAAGUAACAGGGGGGAGACAGUCUCUCGUAAAAAAAGAGCAAUGUACUUCAAAGUCCGAAACAUAUUUAUCAGUUUCCCAUAUUUUAAAAAUGCCAAUGAAAAGAUAAGAAACACCACUGUCGCUUAUUAAUAAAUACAAAUUAAAACAGGUGAAGUUGGACUUAACUUCAUUUAAUUUAAUUCUGGAUAAGCUCCUAUAAAAAUCCCAUAAAAUUCUAUCUAAUCGACGUGCGACUAUGUAUUCCAUAACACUGCUUGAAUAACACAGUCUGGCAUUUCAUUAUUCAUUUUUGAAGGUACUCUUUAAAACUACGAAACACCAGGCAUCGGCCAAGACUGGAAAGAGAUUCUUGCUGAAACAAACACGACUGUCUUCUGGGUUGUUGUGAUGACUCAUCGCCCUGAUGAUGGAGGCAGCAAGGACCUCUGAAACGUCAGUAAACGUCUACCAGACUACCCAGAAGACAGUCACCUUCAGACUCGCCGCCAUGGAAACCUCAAAUCUUACAUCUACUCAUUAUUAUCUCGGCACCAGAUGUCACACUCUAGGGUCGGUCACAUUACAUAUUCCUCUAUUACGAUAAAACGUGCUUCCCACUAAAGUACCACAUCAUAAGUUUACAAAGGCACGCCGAUGAUAAUCCUUUUACGUAUCUAUCAGGAAAUCGUCCAUCAUGGCUCAAAUGUUUCGUCGUAUUCUUCAGUCCCUUCAGAAAUAUGCCGGGACAGUACCUCUGGUUUAGUGACAACACUUAGACAAAUAUCAUAUCCAUUAUUUACAAUCCUUGCACCAUAUACGCUGUAUAAUCUAUGCAGUUAAGAAAACGAUUUAAAAAUAACUAAUGAACCGACUUAGCCAUUGAGACAGAUUCCGGCUUCGUAGUAACUUACAUACUCUAACAUAGAUGGCAGAACGCUCUAGGAUACAUGUCGUUGCUUUCUUGAGGCAGAAAAGAAUGCGAUAACCUAAGUAAAUUUUUAAUCAUUUGCAUCACGAAGUUCAAAUUCGCAUACUUUCUCAAACAAAACACGUGUCACCAUUCCAAAGGUCAAUGUUGUUUAGAGACGUAUAAUGAGAACGAUAUGAAACCCAUAAAUACAUUCAAUGUAGAUUGUGCUGGAGUGUCGUUUAAUUCAAUUUCUAAACUCGGCUACAUACACGUAUAUAGAGAUAGACCUAAGAGUUCCACGAACUCUAGUGGCGAUUGGUGGCAAUUAUAUGCUCCGGCCGAAUUGCCAACUGAACAAACCCAGAAAUGACCCCUCGGCAUCCGGGUCGUAGUUAGUCUCUACUGAUUGAACCAUCCGGGCCCUUAACAGCCUCUAUUAAGGGCACGCACACGAUAAAGAGUUUGACUCAUUUUUACGCUAACGACAAUUCGAAACAGCACCAAAUGAGGUCAGAAGACAAUCAUAAAUGGUUAGUAUCACGAGACUCUGGAGAUGUAGGGUAACACAGAUGAGAUUCAAGUCAGAAUCUCCUUGAUUAUAGCCGUAAGCUCAGAAAUUUUUUUUCUAAUGAACUGCGAAAGGCGACGAAAAAGGAUGACGGCAGCAAGGACCUCUGAAACGUCGGUAAAAACUUCUACCAGACUACACAG